CCGGAGCUACAAAGAAGGGGAGAGGGAGGGAGGGAGGAGCGGCGACGGCGGCGCCGGGGGCCUCUCCGCACCCUCCCCCUGGGCAGGAGCCCCCUCGAAGCGGCCUCGGCCCCCGACGCGGGGCCGCCCCUCGGCGCCCGCGCCCGCCCGCCCGGAAUGAUGAAGAAGAACAAUUCCACCAAGCGGGGGCCUCAGGAUGGAAAUCAUCAGUCUUCACCGCCUGAGAAGGUCGGCUGGGUCCGGAAAUUCUGCGGGAAAGGGAUUUUCAGGGAGAUUUGGAAAAACCGCUACGUGGUGCUGAAAGGGGACCAGCUCUACAUCUCCGAAAAAGAGGUAAAAGAUGAGAAAAAUAUUCAAGAGGUGUUUGACCUGAGUGACUAUGAGAAGUGUGAAGAGCUCCGGAAAUCCAAGAGCAGGAGCAAGAAGAACCAUAGCAAGUUCACUCUUGCCCACUCCAAACAGCCUGGGAACACGGCACCCAACUUGAUCUUCCUGGCAGUGAGUCCAGAAGAGAAGGAAUCAUGGAUCAACGCCCUCAACUCCGCCAUCACCCGAGCCAAGAACCGCAUCUUGGAUGAGGUCACCGUUGAGGAGGACAGCUAUCUCGCACACCCAACUCGAGACAGGGCAAAAAUCCAGCACUCCCGCCGCCCCCCAACUCGGGGACACCUAAUGGCUGUGGCUUCAACGUCUACCUCGGAUGGCAUGCUGACCUUGGACCUGAUCCAGGAGGAAGACCCUUCCCCUGAGGAACCAACCUCCUGUGCUGAGAGCUUUCGAGUCGACCUGGACAAGUCUGUGGCCCAGCUGGCAGGCAGCCGGCGGAGAGCAGACUCAGACCGCAUCCAGCCCUCCUCGGACCGGGCAAGUGGCCUUCCCCGACUUUGGGAAAAGCCAGACAGAGGGGCCACCUACACCCCCCAGGCACCCAAGAAGUUGAGCCCCACAGAAAAAGGCCGCUGUGCCUCCCUGGAGGAGAUCCUGUCUCAGCGGGACACUGCUGCAGCCCGCACCCUCCAACAGCGGGCCCAGGACCCACAGACCCCCAUCCCACCCCACCCGGGGCAGCUGUCCCGGAUCCAGGACCUGGUAGCAAGGAAACUGGAGAAGACUCAGGAGCUGCUGGCAGAGGUUCAGGGACUGGGAGACGGGAAGCGAAAGGCCAAGGACCCCCCUCGGUCUCCUCCCGAUUCUGAGUCAGAACAGCUGCUGCUGGAGACAGAGCGGCUGCUGGGAGAGGCGUCAUCAAAUUGGAGCCAGGCGAAGAGGGUGCUGCAGGAAGUCAGGGAGCUGAGGGACCUGUACAGACAGAUGGACCUGCAGACCGACUCCCACCUCAGACAGCCCAGCCAACAUAGCCAGUUCCGGAAGAGCCUGAUGUAGAGGAAGGUGACAGAGUCUGGAACGUGUGGGGGUGGACAGACUCUUUAUCUCCAAGUGUUGCAGGAUACAGCUUUUUUAUUUACCUCAGUCAAAAAAGAAAACAAAAACACUAUC